AUGGUUCCCAGGCAGGAGGAACACGCUCGGCCGCCGCCUGCACCACGUCUGUGGUCGCGCCUCUCAACCUUGUCCAAACGUUCCUUUCGCUCCUUCACCUCCGACUUUGAAGCCGACGACGAACGUUCCGAUACCGAUUCGGACUACGAAAGGAUGAGCGGCAGCAGUAGCGACGGCUUUCCUCACGGCCCAGGCCGUUAUCCAGGCGAGGACACGCGCUCCACGAGCCAAUAUGAGCUAUCCGGCUGGUAUGCAUACGCCUUUGCUGCCGAGACCUAUGUCAUCUGUGCUAUUGGCUCUUUUAUCCCGAUCCUCCUUGAGACCCUUGCGCGCGAAAACGGUGUCCUGCUUUCCGAUCGAACGACUCCGUGCGGUACGAGCGACUCCAAGAACAAGGCUGACGGGCAAUGUAUCGUCUACGUUUUGGGCAUGGAAAUCAACACGGCCAGCUUCGCCAUGUACACCUUCUCCAUCAGCGUCCUGCUCCAGGCGCUUUUGGUGGUGAGCAUCAGCAGCGCUGCUGACCACGGCAAUUCGAGGAAGAGGCUAUUACUCACGUUCGCAUGGAUCGGGAGCUUUUCCGUUAUGGCCUACAUUUUUGUCAGCAAGAGCACUUACAUCUUGGGUGCACUCUUGGCCAUUGUAUCCAACACCUGCUUUGGUGCAUCGUUCGUGCUUCUCAACUCCUUCCUGCCCUUGCUGGUCCGGCACCACCCAGAGGUGCUAGCAUCUGAGACUGUUCACACGCCGGAUUUGGGACACUCCGCUCUAGAAUCGCAGCCUCUCAACGGUUCUCAUCUGGAAGAGGGCUCCAUCGCCAGUGAUGCUGAAGACCAAACCUCGGCAUUACUCGGUGGCAACGGACACGGUGAUUACCCUUUGGUUCGCAAAGCCACGCAUGAGGAGCUCACCUCGGUGGAGCUUCAGCUAUCAACCCAAAUCUCGGCCAAGGGUAUUGGGAUCGGCUACCUUGCCGGCCUCUUUGUGCAAUGCGUUUCCAUCGCAAUUCUGAUCGCGAUGAAGAAUACCACAUGGGCGCAAAGGAUCGUGUUGCUCAUUGUCGGUUCCUGGUGGGCGUUCUUCACGAUCCCUGCGGCCAUGUGGCUUCGUCCAAGGCCAGGCCCACCAAUGCCCUUGACGGCAGGAAGGGGACCCCGAGCGUGGCUGAGCUACAUUGCCAACGCUUGGAAGUCUCUUUUCAACACUGUCAGGUUGGCCCGUCGCUUGAAGGACGUCGUCUUGUUCUUAUGUGCGUGGCUGUUGGUGUCAGACGCGAUAGCGACGACAUCUUCCACGGCGAUCCUCUUCGCUAAGACGCAGCUCCAUAUGAAACCUUGGGCCUUAGGAAUGAUCAAUGUCAUUUCCACCAUCGCUGGUGUCGUUGGUGCGUUCAGCUGGGCUUUCGUCUCACGCACCUUCAACCUGAAGCCUCAUCAAACGAUUCUUGUCUGCAUUGCCCUCUUCGAGCUCAUCCCCAUCUACGGUCUGCUUGGGUAUCUACCAAUCGUGCAGAAAUGGGGCGUCAUUGGACUACAACAACCCUGGGAGAUGUUCCCUCUGGCAGCGGUUUACGGGCUAGUACUAGGUGGACUGAGCUCUUACUGUCGCAGCCUCUACUCUCAGCUCAUCCCACCGGGCAGCGAAGCCGCCUUCUACGCCCUCUACGCAAUCAGUGACAAAUCGAGCAGCUUCUUUGGACCUGCAGUUGUUGGCGCUAUCAUUGAUAGGGCAGGCAGUAUUCGGCCGGCCUUCUGGUUUUUGGCAGCCCUAGUAGGACUUCCAGUACCGCUCAUCUGGUUUGUGAACGUCGAAAGGGGCAAACGCGAGGGUGAGAAGCUUGCUGAGGUUAUUGAGGGGUUUAAAUACCGGCAUGGAGGAUCUAGCAGUGAGACGGAGGAGAGCGACGACCGUCCGAUACUCAGUGCAUAUGAUGACGACGAAGAGGAGCAUGCUCAUGGCCGGCUCAGAGGCUAUUGA